AAAACUGAUCUUGUAAUUUGAUUUUCUACUAGAAUAUGUAUGUUAAGAAUAUUCUCACUAAGCUUUCCCUUUGUUCUUAUCCUUUUGCAGUUUUGUUAAAUCAAUUUUUUUGUCUUUUUAAUAUUUUCUUUGUUAUGGAUUUUUCAAUCGAUUUUUUUUUUGUUUCAUUCUAACAUAUAAAAAGAAAGUCAAUUUAUUUAGGCAUAGACAAUAUUGUAUUCUUUAUUGAUCUGGUCAGUUCUCUCCAAGUGAACGGAUCCGUGCCCAAUGCAGGAAGGCCAAGAGGUCCUCAAGGAAACUGGUGAAUCAUUUUUUUAUAUACAGAAGAAAGCACAUUUUAACCAACAACAUCAUUACAAUAACACAAAGAUCUUUUACUGUCAAACUAUUUUUGCUUUUGAACUAUACAAUUCACAGUCUAAUCCAUCUACGAUCUAAGAAACCUGAAUAAACUAUCAUCUUCUUUUCAUAUUUAAUGAAAAUAAGGAUAUAAUAUAUCGUAAUACACAACCUUUUUCAUUUUUAAUUUGGUUAAGGAAUUUCCUUUGUUAUAUGAAAACCGAAAAUGAUAUUAGAGGGUAGAGGCUCCAUCAUGUAGAUGGGGAGAUCAUUAAUUGAACUAUGUACAAUACAACAAAAUUAAGUGAUCUCAUUAACGAACUUGAUAUUGUACCAAUAUGGAAACUAUAUGAAAAAUAGGAAACACAUUUCCCUCUCCCAAGUAGAAAGUUUAUUAAUAAUAGAGAGUAAAGCUAUAAUUUAACAUCUCCGAUGAAUUAUAACUAAUCAAUCUGGUUAAGGAAUUUCCUUUGUUAAAAACGGAAAAAGGAAACUGGAGACAACAUGUGGUAUGCGGAGAUGGUUGGUAUAUUGUACAACAAAUAUGUUCAGGUAGUGAAUAAUCUACGUUUGACGAAUUAAUUAAAAGCCAAACCUGAAUAUGAAAACUAUAUAGCAAACAAAAACGCAAAAAGGAAAUUCUAGUGGUUUAUAUUCCUUUUCCUAGUAAGAAAACAAAUACAAUCUCUCUAACAAAGUAGUAUAAAUAUAGGUCAUUAUUACUCACCUUCACAGAUUCAAUCCAACAAAGCAUCCUAACACUCGAACAUCUCCAAAAGAUUAGUUUCAGUACAAUGGUAAUGUCCGAUAAUAGUCCGUUCUCCAUGUCGACCAUGUUCAAUGCUUUACAACAAAUCCACCUCUCAAAUACGCGCUUAAAACGGCUCUUUAACCUAAUGACUAGUUGUGAAGGCGUGGGACAGUUUAAGGAUCUGAUCUCAACGUUUGACCAAAGCCAGCUUCAGAUGAUGGCGUCGUUGCUGACGUCAGACUCCGAGUACUUCAUGGAGGUCGUCAGAAACAAGUACGGGUCGAGACGCGUGCAGAAGCUCCUCGGAGUAUCAGUUGACGUGGACGCGUUAUUCUACGAUGCUAUCUUGCAACGCUUCUUCGACAUCAUGACCGACAAGUACGCAUCCUACGUAGCGAUUCGAGCUGUGGUCGUUUUCGACCAGGUGAAGAAACAUGUGAUGUACAAGCACGUUCUCCACUACGCGCUCGACAUAGCGCGUUACCAAUACGGCUGUGUCGCGCUCAACGAGGUUAUAAUCGACGCGGAUGAUCCUUUAUACAGGAACCGGUUACUAGACGUAGUCGCGCGCAACGCUCUCUUCCUAAGCAACGAUCUUUGGGGGAACUUUGUGGUCCAACACGUGCUUAAACUGUAUGACUUGCGUUGCACGCACAACGUGGCGGUAAGUCUUCGUGGCCACUGCGUUGAUCUGUCGUUUAAGAAGUAUGGAAGCUACAUCGUGGAGAAGCUCUUGGAGGCUGAGGUGUCGAUGGGUAUGGUGGUUGUGGAGCUUUUGAAGUGCGAUAGAGAUAGGUUGAUGAGGCUGGCGAGGAGUGAGAUUGGGAAUUUCGUGGUGCUCAAGGCACUGGAAGUCACGCAAAAGAUGAAUAGGGUUGAUUUGUUUAGGGAUCUGGUGCAGAAGCUGAUGCCUCUUCGCCACCUUUUGCUUAGGUCUCACGGAAGCAACAUUGCAAACAUCUUGGAGUCAUGUUCCAUAGCUAAUAGGUGUUCAAAUUAAAAGUUUUCGAUUGUGUUAUGGUUGAUUAUAGAAUUCUGGUUUAAAGUAGAUUGUGAUUUUUUGUGCAAGAGGAUCCUGAUUUAAUAAAAAAAAAAAAAAAUUCUGAGUACAAUAAUUGAAUUAAAAAAGUGAUGGAAGACAACGAUUGCAUGCAGUAAUUCAACAUUAUAGAAUUUUCAGAAGUAUUCAUGAUAAAUUUGCGUUAACAAAAAAAAAAAAGAGAAUCAUGAUAAAUUUGUAGGACAUACGGGCAUAAAUAUAGUUCAACUGCUCAACAGUAAUAUUUUGAUUUCUUUUCUCUUUUUAUAUAUGUUUUUGCUAUAACAAUAUGAUUUUGUAUAAAAUUAUGUUUGAGAAAGAAAAAAUUUGUCUUAGAACUAAAUUGAAUUACAGUUUUCAAUAGAAAAA